AUGCUGCUCAGGAACCUUCGAAGAGGUGUUUUUUAUUCCAAAAACAAGAGGUUCGACAUCUCUAAGCCUUACUCUGACACUCGAGAUGCUCAGCUAAUUUACAGGUUCCAAGAAAACAACUUGGACUCCAACGCUGCUGGACUUCAUGUCAUACACAUGCUCAAAAGAGCUGCUGUGACUGCAGCUUUCAUCAUUGGCACCGGCUAUUAUUUCAUAUUUCAUGGCAGCUCAAUGAAAGAAAAAUUUGAAAUCAAGUACCUGAGCAACCUUCCAGCUAAAGACUAUGAUGCUUCAGAUUAUGAUUACAAGUUCUGGGAACUGGUUCUUACGAAGCCACACGAAGAAUAUGGCAGACUAAUCAGCACAGACAACAUUGCUAAGGAUAGAUAUGCACUCGUGUAUCAUGGAGAAAUCACUGGGAGCCAUAUGGCAAUGCAAAGGUUUUCCAGGCUUCAGCGAUAUGUCUUACUAAGGAAAACUAUUUUACUGGAGUCUCUUUUUGUUGCUAUGGAUGAGCAGAUUUCUCCAGACACUCUGGCACAAUAUGUGGCGACUUAUUCGAAAGAUAUGCUUGCUGCUUAUCCUGCAAAUGAAGAAGUGAGGAGCGGGCUGAAAGAGGUUUUCCAGAAUAUUGGGUGCAUAUAUUUGCUGGAAAAGAACACAGGAAAUGUUAUUUAUAUCAUCGACCCGAAAAAACACCCACUGGAAGUUAUGAGUCAGAGAAUCAUUUAUAUCAUUUCUAAGCAUGAAGAUAUGAAAAUGAGCAGAGAAAUUGCUACGAGUGGCUUUGAUUUUAGAAGAGGACAGGAAGAUAAACUAGAGAUGAAGUCUCCCACUUAUUAG